AUGGACACUGGAAUUGAGGUCGGGAUGCGACCAUCUCGUCAACGGCGACAUUUACCAACUGCUGUCAAAGAUGCCUGCAUGAGCACUAAAAGUAAACGAUCUGACAAGCUUCAUCCGAUUGUUGAAUCCCACCAAUCUGCCCAGACAUCUCAGGAAGAAACUGAGCCUGUGGUCGUGGUAUCAUCCGGUCGCUUCAAUAGUUCUGCACGGAGACGGCGGAGGUUGCGUGAUGAUAAUAGACUUGUCAGUGUACGCGACCGACAGGAGACUGUGGGCGGUAUUUCAAGACCAACAAGCACACGUUGGGUAUUUGUGAUUGGAUUUGUAUUGUGGAUUGUGUUUGUGGUAGUGCGAGUAUAUGAUGGCUACAAAAGACAAGAUUAUAGUCAGAUUAGUCUGGUACGUUUCUUGUCUAAACAACUGGUACCUUUCAGUUGUAUCAGGGAGACCAAAAUGAAGACAGAGUGUUACUCAAUGACGAAGGCUAACAACCACGCUUCUGACGCAUUGGUUCAAGAUCCUUUUCUGUUUUUGUUCUUGUACACUGAGUUUAGCAGAAUUUGUAACUAUCGUUACGAACCCACGGUCCAACUUGCUGAUUCAUGGUGA